CUGUACUAUUCAAUAGUGUUGUAUAGUACUCGAGAUCGGUCUCGUUUUUGAAGGUCUUGGUCUCGUCUCAGACUCGGCCGCAUUUGUACUCGGUCUCGUCAUGGACUCGGACAAAGAGGACUCGGGAUUUUAUUUCGAGACCAGCCGAGACCACGGAUUGGAUAACUUCUUACUUCAAGUGCAACCAAUGAUGUUAGUGCCGACAGCGGUUACCCGACCCGCCCCCUACACACACGCACUGGCCAAGAAUACGGGUGAGGUCGUGGAUAUUUGCAAGAUGUCAGCAAAAUCAUUUGUAAUAAAAUUUGGAUACCAAUCCCACAAAGAAUUCAUAUCAACGGGGAAAAGAAAACACACCGCAGUGUGUAAAUUCUGCAGUAUGACAAUAACAGAGACGACAGGGACAACGUCAAACUUUUACCGCCACUUAGAAAGGAAGCACAAAGAAAGGUUCUUGGGGUACAAGGCUGGCCAAAAGAAAGAUGACACACAGCCAACUAUAGCUUCCUUUACGCAGAAAGGGCAGGUCUACAGCGAACAUUCUCAGAGACAACAAGCCAUCAGUGAAGCUAUUGUCCAAGAUUUAGUAAUUGGGUGUUGUCUGCCUCUGUCAAUUGUGGAAAAUGUACAUUUUAAACACUUUCUUGAGAUUUUAGACAGUAAGUACACACCAAUCUCCAGAAGAACAAUUUCUGAGGAACAGAUCCCAGCAUUAGUGAGGAAGGUCAAGGAGAAAGUUUUAGAGAAGCUGGCGACACAGACAUAUGUCUCACUAACGACUGAUAUCUGGUCUGAUCGCAGACUACGCUCUUUCCUUGGAGUGACUGCCCAUAUGUGCUGCAAAUCAAAGGCUGCCUAUGCACUUGAAUCCUACUUGCUGGACUGCAGGCAUUUUACAGGUAGACAUACUGGUGAGAAAAUUGCUUCUGCCUUUGAGGAGAUCACAGAGGAAUAUGGAAUCCGUCACAAGAUAAACUAUAUCAUUACAGACAAUGCUUCAAAUAUGAAAUGUGCUUUUAAAGUUCACAUGCCACAACAGCAGUCUGAUGACAGUGCGAGUGAGGAAGAGAGUCUAGAUGAUGAGAACUUGUGGGAGGACAUGAAUUCAGUGGAAGACAAAGAAUUAACUUGGUCAUCAGGUGAACGUCUUUCCUGCUUUGCUCAUUCUCUACAGUUAGUUGUAAAUGAUGGCUUGAAGGAGGUUAAGGUCAUCUCACGCGCCAUUGCCAAAACAUCACGGUUUACAACUCUGUUACAUAGCAGUUCACAAUUAAGAGACAAGUUUGAGGCUGCAUUUGGCACUACUAAGACUAUUCCAGCAGCAAGCAACACCCGCUGGAACAGCACUUUCAAACAAGUACAGGCACUCACAGCUCUGGAUCACAGAGCCCUAAAUGAAAUGUGCAGCAAGGACUAUGAGAAUGUAGUCUUUAGUGCUCGUGAGUGGAACCAGCUAAAAGAACUGACUUCAAUUCUUGCACCAUUCUCAGAGGCAACAGACCUUACAGAAGCAGAGAAAUCAGUUACCAUAAGCAUGGCGGUUCCGACUGUCCUGGACUUAAAUACACACCUCCUUAAGAUGGAGGGGACCCAAAUGCAGUGCCGACCAUUAGUCAAGGCCCUCCAUCAGUCCCUGGUGAAAAGAUUUUCUGGAAUCUUCACAAAAACAAACAUGACCAAAGAUAGUGGAAAAGAGGAACCGUUUAACCACAAUGUGUACUUUUUGGCUACCAUUCUGGAUCCACAGUUUGGAUUAAGUUGGGUAGAUCUGGAUGUUACCAGUGGGGGAAAUGCAGCAUCGGUGAAGAAGUUCAGAGAUGAUCUGAAGAAGACACUGAUAGACACUUUGAGGUGGAGAACAUGAUGGAGAGUGAGGGAAAUGCAACUAAUUCAGGGUCUAUUGUGAAUCCCCAUGGUGAUUCACCACCAGUCAAAUGGCCUCGUCUUCUGUCUCGCUACAAGGCCUACAAGAUGUGCAGCUCAGAUCAUGAUACAAGUAUUAUGACAGAGAUCAACAAAUACUUUGAUGCCGUCCAUGACUGGGAUGCUGGCGAUGCACUUGACUUCUGGGCCAAAAACCAUGUUAGAUUUCCACAGCUUCACAAUUUGGCAAUGAAGGUGCUGUCAGUCCCUGCCUCCUCAGCACCAGUGGAGAGGGUUUUUAGUAGAGGGGGCAUUAUAAUGAGACUCCAUCGCGCACGUUUAGGUCCAAGAAUGUUACAAUCCCUCAUGUUUCUGAAAUGCAACCACACUCUACUGUGAUUUUUCAUUUAUGUGGUGUUUCAGGCCAUGUUGUGUGGUGUUUAGCAGUUACCCCCUCAUCUUUGGGGUCAGUUUGGUCUUAAAGAGUGUUCUGCCACAGUGGUUUGUUGAGGCUUAAUAAAUGAUGUUAUAAUUUUAGGUAACUGCUUCCAGUGAAGCAAUUUUGUAAUUUUAUGAAUGAAACUCCUGCAUUUAUGUUGCUUUAAAAACAAAAUUGUAUGGUCUUUAGAAGUUUUUUUCACUUUCACAUUCUUUGUUCUGUUUUCUGAUUAUUGAAAUGUAAGAGAAUAGUCGAGAGAAGUAAUGUAUAAACAUUUUUAAUGUUGCAUAGUGUAUGUUGUUUGCUUCGUUCAGCUCUUUUUGAGGGGUGCUUAGGCUUUGCAUGUUCCACUUAUUUGUCAUGUGGUGUAAAACGUGCAUUGGUCUGGUCUCGGCCAGCCCUGGUCUCAGUCUCGACUCGGUCUCAGCCCUUCAGAGUCUUGGUCUUGUCUCGGUCUCGACACCCUCUGGUCUUGGUCAGGUCUUGGUCUCGGA